AUGGCCGGUCUUCACUUCGUGGGCGGAAACUGGUCAACGGAGAGCCACGAUCUAGCCACGGAGCCAGAGCUGCGAAUCGCGGCUUUUCAUGAUCCGCCCUACGUCUGGAUACACACCGGCCCUGACGGUUCUGUCAGUUAUGAGGGUUAUCUGUUUGAUGUGUGGAAGGCCAUAGCCCAGCCGCUGAACCUCAGCUACCGUCUGGUACCCGUAAUGAAGAGACAGUUCGGACGGCUGGAUGAGAACGGGACAUGGACUGGACUGGUGGGAGAGCUGGCCUACGGGAGAGCCGAUGUAGCCCUGACCUGGCUCCACAAAAGGGCGGACCGAUCGGAGGUGGUCGAAUUUUUGGACGCUGCAGCUGUCGAAGAGGGUGUCAGCACCUUUUACGUCAGCAAGAGCCUGGAUGCUAAUCUCAGCUUCAGCGCUGAUGGUUUUAGCCCUUUACUAAAGCCGCUCCACGUGUCAGUCUGGUGGAUGCUGCUCGGCGCGUUCUUACUGCUCUCACUGGCGCUGAGGUUCUCCAUUCGACUGAGUAGGACCGAGGACAGGCAAACCAGCACAGAGAUGACGUGGACGGCCUGCCUGCUGUCUGUGUUCGGGUCGCUGGUCGGCCAGGGCUGGCCCUCGGUGCCCAGCUUUUUGUCCGGCCGUGUUAUCACAAUGCUCACCUGGCUGUUGUACAUCAUCAUCGUCAACAGCUACACGGCGACAAUGGUUUCUUAUCUAACAAUUGUCAAAAUCGAACGACCGAUCAACAGUCUGAAGGAAUUCUCGGAAAGAUCUGACUGGAAGCUGCUGCUGCACCGUCCACAGACGGGCGGGCAGACCGCCGCGCUGUCGAUGCCCGCCUAA